GUUGGGGGUAGAUUUAUAUCCGCCCGGUCAGCUGACGAUCUGCAUUGCAGCCUGCCGAGUGAAGCGGCGCCAUGUACGCUCUUGCCCUCCUCGCCAGCCUUCUGGUCACCGCUCUGACCAGCCCCGUCCAAGACCCGAAGACCUGUUCUGGGGGCUCAGCAGUGCUGUGCAGAGAUGUGAAGACGGCGGUGGACUGCGGGGCCGUGAAGCACUGCCAGCAGAUGGUCUGGAGCAAGCCCACAGUGAAAUCCCUUCCUUGUGAUAUAUGCAUAACUGUUGUCACCGAAGCUGGGAACUUGCUGAAAAAUAAUGCUACUCAGGAGGAGAUCCUCCAUUACCUGGAGAAGACCUGUGAAUGGAUUCGUGACUCCAGCCUGUCAGCUUCAUGCAAGGAGGUGGUUGACUCUUACCUGCCUGUCAUCUUGGACAUGAUUAAGGGGGAGAUGAGCAACCCUGGCGAAGUGUGCUCUGCGCUCAACCUCUGCCAAUCCCUUCAAGAGUACUUGGCCGAGCAAAACCAGAAACAGCUAGAGUCCAACAAGAUCCCGGAGGUGGACAUGGCCCGUGUGGUUGCCCCCUUCAUGUCCAACAUCCCUCUCCUGCUGUACCCUCAGGAUCACCCUCGCAGUGAGCCCCAACCUGAGGCUGAUGAGGACGUCUGCCAGGACUGUGUGAAGUUGGUGACCGACAUCCAGACUGCUGUGAGGACCAACUCCAGCUUUGUCCAGGGCUUGGUGGACCACGUCAAGGAGGAUUGUGACCGCCUAGGGCCAGGCGUGUCUGACAUAUGCAAGAACUACGUUGACCAGUAUUCUGAGGUUGCUGUCCAGAUGAUGAUGCACAUGCAGGAUCAGCAACCCAAGGAAAUCUGUGUGCUAGUUGGCUUCUGUGACGAGGUCAAGACAGUGCCAAUGAAGACUCUGGUCCCUGCCACCGAGGCCAUCAAGAAUAUCCUCCCUGCCCUGGAACUGACAGACCCCCAAGAGCUGGAUCUGGUCCAGGCCCGCAAUGUGAUUUUCUGCCAGGCUUGUCAGUUUUUGAUGCAGAAGUUGUCUGAACUGAUUGUCAACAAUGCCUCCGAGGAAAUCCUAAUUAAAGGUUUGAACAAAGCUUGCUCCCUGCUCCCUGCUCCUGCUUCAACCAAGUGCCAGGAGGUGGUGGUAACAUUCGGCCCCUCCCUGAUGGACAUCCUUAUGCAUGAGGUGAGCCCGAACUUUGUGUGCAGUUUGGUCCACCUCUGUUCUGCCCGCCUGGAUGUGGCGGAGACACUUGAGCAGCCUGCAUCAGCUGUGGUAUCUGCACUGCCCAAAGAGCCUGCACUGUCAAAACAGCCCGAGCUGCCCAAACAGUCUGCAUUGCGUGCCCAUGUGCCUCCUCAGAAGAACGGGUUCUGUGAGGUGUGCAAGAAACUGGUCCUCUAUUUGGAACAUAACCUGGAGAAAAACAGCACCAAGGAGGAGAUCCUGGCCGCACUUGAGAAGGGCUGCAGCUUCCUGCCAGACCCUUACCAGAAGGAGUGCGAUAGCUUUGUGGUUCAGUACGAGCCCUUGCUAAUGGAACUCCUCGUGGAAGUGAUGGAUCCUUCCCUUGUGUGCUCGAAAAUUGGAGUUUGUCCUUCUGCCUAUAAGCUGCUGCUGGGAACCGAGAAGUGUGUCUGGGGCCCUAGUUACUGGUGUCAGAACAUGGCGACUGCUGCUCGAUGCAAUGCUAUCGAUCAUUGCAGACGCCACGUGUGGAACUAGUUUUCCAGCUGCAGAAGUUACCUACUUGUGGGUCUAGGGUAAUGAACACAUAGAUCUAUUUGACUUAAUAAGUAGGGACCUCUUUGUCCUUCCCCCAUCUCCUCUCCCUUACUGUAGCAUUUCUGUCACGUAAGAGGUGCUGACAGCCACUUCCGUGUCCCAUUUCUGCUCGAAGGAUGAGGACACCCAGGCAUCAGCUCCCCAGCUGCCUUUUUCACCCACCUGCUGGAGGGGGGUGGUGAGCCAGAGGGCAGGAGCAUUUUCUGAGCCCUUUCUUGGUGUGUGGGGGGAUCUAUGGCCAUCUUCUACUGUGAGGGAGCCACCCAACUUCCUUUGGUACCAAGGAGUUAAUUUGGAUGAUUAGAAGCACAAAAUGAUCAGGCCUUUAGAUUGAUGGAAUGGCCAUUGUCAUAGCACAGAGAUUUCAGAAGCACCUGCAGGUGGCUUGCUUGGGAUGUCGCUGUCCCUGGGCCAGCUUUUCAUUCUGCUUUCCUGUCUUCCCGUCUGCUUUGUUGGGGUUCUCUUUCCUGUCUUCCCAUCUGCUUUGUUGGGGUUCUGUGGGAUAGGGUGGGGAGGGGAAACUUCUGAAUGUAACUUGCCUGUGCCAUGUCUGGUCACGUGGGCCUAGUCUUUUGUGUGUGAGGCCCAUGAACAGUGGCCGCUGCCUGGCUGUUUGGGGUCUUGCACGCCUUUCCUACCUAUAGCUCUUGUUGAACUGCCUGUUCACUCAUGGGUGAAGCGUCUGCCUGGCAGUGGGCAAUGAACUGAGGGGUCUCUGUGUAGAGUAAGAAUCACCGAUUGUCCCUGGUGAGGAGCUGAAGUUCCCGUGCCUCCUGUUGCCUGGAGACUGUAGGCAGGAUGGGCAUGUGCAGUUAAAUGGACCUAGAUUUUGUUUUACACUAAAGUUUCUGUGACUUAAUAAAGUUCUGUUAACCAGA